UAAUCUUCAAACUUUUCCACAUGCAAAGCAAUGGCUUCCGAGCUUUUCUAUCACUUAACAAUUCUUUUUUUCGUCAUCCUUUUCUUCUUUGCCUCUCUAUCUUAUGCUGACACCAACUCAACCAGUGCGGUCUCGCCGGGAACCAUUUGCAUUUCCACCCCAUAUCCUUCUUACUGCAAGUCUGUGCUCCCCAACCAAAACGGCGACGUCUACGACUACGGCCGAUUUUCAUUCCGGAAGUCGUUAUCGCAAUCCAGCAGGUUUAUGAACGUCUUGGACGGAUAUCUUCAACGCCGGUCUUCUUUGCGGACAACCACAAUUCGUGCUCUUGAAGAUUGCCGGCUUCUAGCCGGACUAAACGUUGAUUUCUUAUCAAGCUCAGUUGAACAUGUCAGCAAAACUAACGAAACUCUUCCUGACUCCGAAGCCGACGACGUCCAAACCAUGCUUAGCGCCAUUCUAACUAACCAGCAAACUUGUUUAGAUGGCUUGCAAGAAACGGCGGGUUCUGAUCCAACUGUGGAAAAUGAACUUUCAGGUCUUCUCUCUAAUGACACUAAGAUGCAUAGUGUUUCUCUAGCCCUGUUUACAAAGGGUUGGGUGCCGAGAAAAAGAACAUGGAAGUCUAGGAAACAUGUCACUUUCCGACAUGGACGGUUGCCGUUCAGAAUGUCUAACCGGACACGCGCAGUUUACGAGACUGUGAGCAGAAGAAAACUUCUCCAGUUAGUUGAUGCGGUUAUCGUGAGAGACAUAGUGACUGUGAAGAAAGACGGAAGCGGAAACUUCACGACCAUCAAUGACGCCAUUAAUGCAGCUCCAAACAACAGUGUAUCUACUGAUGGGUACUUCUUGAUCUACGUCACGGCGGGUGUUUACGAAGAGUAUGUUUCCAUUGCAAAGAAUAAGAAGUACUUGUUCAUGCUUGGGGAUGGCAUCAACCAGACGAUUAUCACAGGCAACCGGAGCGUUGCUGAUGGGUCGACAACCUUCAAUUCUGCAACAUUUGCUGUGGUUGCACAAGGUUUUGUGGCGGCGGACAUAACUUUUCGUAACACCGCCGGAGCGAUUAAGCACCAGGCAGUGGCAGUUCGAAACGGGGCUGAUUUGUCAACAUUUUACAGCUGCAGCUUUGAAGCUUACCAAGACACCCUAUACACACACUCUCUCAGGCAAUUCUACAGAGAGUGUGAUAUAUACGGCACAGUUGAUUUCAUUUUCGGUAACGCCGCGGUAGUUUUCCAGAACUGCAACAUAUAUCCCCGUAUGCCGAUGAGCGGACAGUUCAUUGCGAUCACCGCACAAGGGCGAACCGACCCGAAUCAAAACACGGGUACUUCCAUUCAUAACUGCACCAUUAGAGCAGCCGACGAUUUGGCGUCAAGUAAUACAAGUGUUUCGACAUACCUGGGAAGGCCAUGGAAGGAUUAUUCCAGGACUGUUUACAUGCAAAGUUUGAUGGGUAGUUUGAUAAAUCCUGCGGGUUGGCAUGAAUGGAGUGGAAAUUUGUCACUCAGCACAUUGUAUUACGCUGAGUAUAAUAACACAGGACCUGGAUCGGGCACGGCAGGUAGAGUGACAUGGCCUGGUUAUCAUGUGAUUAACGCCGUUGUGAAUGCCACUGUUUUCACGGUGUCUAAUUUCUUGCUGGGGGAUGACUGGCUGCCUCAGACAGGAGUGCCUUACACCGGUGGUCUGAUAUGAGACUGAAAUCUUUUGUAUGAAACUCUUGAUGUUCGUUUUUGCACUUUCUUACCGAGCUUUUGGCGUUUCUACACUUUUCAAUAAAGACAAAAAUUAGCUACAAA